GGUUCUUCCUGGUUUUAUUAGUCGUGUGGUUCAUCAUCAUCAUCAUCAACAUCAGGCCGGUUGUUGGGCUACGCAGUGUACGCACCUCUCUUCGGUCCUGUCUAUGUGCUGGAUGGUGUCUUGGAUGCGUCGGCCGGCUGCAGCGCUGCUGGCGGUGCUCACCGCCUGUCUGUGUGUGUGCGCGACAGAUUCCGCCCAGCAACUCAACUACCGACCCAUCAUCGGGGUAUUGGCACAGGAAAACCUUCCUGGAGAUGUGUUGGCUCAAGGAACGUCUUACAUUGCUGCCUCCUAUGUUAAAUAUCUGGAGGGAGCUGGAGCCAGGGUAGUACCUAUAAGGAUUAAUCUUACGAGAGAAGACUAUGUUGAGCUAUUUUACUCAGUAAACGGGUUGCUGCUGCCAGGAGGAGAUGUGGAUAUUGAGAAGUCUCAGUUCACCCAAAUCGCCAAGAUUUUUUAUGACUUAGCCGUGAAGGCUAACAUUAUGAAAGACUACUUUCCCAUCAUGGGAAUCUGUCAGGGCUUCCAGCAGCUGUCUGUCCUCACGGCCAAUGAAAACCUGCUCACCCUCACAGACACCAAAGCCGUGGCUCUGCCCCUUAAUUUUGAACCAGGAGUGUCCGGUCGAAUGUUUCAAAGUUUUCCAAAAGAUCUCCUCCAGUCUCUGGCUGAAGAAAGCAUCACCUCCAACUUCCACAGCUGGAGUCUGACCACACAGAACUUCACGCAGAAUGCCAAGCUGAAGAACUUUUACAGGAUCUUGACCACCAACAAUGAUGGAAAGAAGAAAUUCAUCUCCACUAUGGAAGCCUACCGUUAUCCGUUCUACGCGGUGCAGUGGCAUCCGGAGAAAAGUCUGUUUGAGUGGAUAAAUAAACCAGGUAUAGUCCACACCAGCUCUGCUGCACAUGUCGCCUUCUACACCGGCGCCUUCUUCGUCUCUGAAGCCAUGAAGAGUCGUCACAGAUUCAAGAGUCCUGAGGAGGAAGCUAAAGCUCUCAUCUACAACUACUGUCCCGUCAACAAAGGCCUUCAAGCCAUGUUCCAGCAGGUCUACUACUUCUGAGUUUCAGGCCUGAAAUCUGCUUAUGCUGUGUGAAAAUACUGGAGUGAAGUCACACACUGUGCUGUCAAAUCAGUCCUUAAGAGUUUAUCAACUGUACACAGUCGGGGCAGAUGUGAAAUGAUAGUGCAUUUUAUGGUAAAAGCACCAAAUUGCCCACAUUCUUUUAUUUGCUGUAUUUUCUGUGCUAUAAGUCGUGACUGUUAAAAAAUGGUUUUUGAAGAAGAAAAACCCAUGUAUAAGCACUGGAGUACAAUACACCUUUUUCUUUUACAAUCACCUCUUCCAUUUGGGAUUUUUGUGCAUUUGUUGUAAUGCACUUUUUAUUAUUGCCAUUAUAUCCUUUAAAAUUAGUUUAUUUUCUUUAGUGCUUUGAUUCCUGGGAAAGUAUCAAGUCAUAAUA